AGAAAUUAAAAAUCUCGUUUUCUAUUUCAAACGUCAAAAAAUGCCUUCUUUGAAUUGACCGGAAUGUCAAUCUAAGAAAAUUUCACAACGAAAAAAAUCCGAAGUGAUUGAAAAUCAUGUUUUCUUUUUUAAACGUCAAAAAAAUGUCUUCUUUAAAUUCACCGGAAUUCCAAGAUAAGGAAAUUUUAAAAAUGUCUUCAAUAAUUUCUUUUCUUUCACGAAAUUUUUUGCCCGGAAUUCAGCUGAUGGUCGAGAAAUUUUUUUCCUCGAAAAAUAUAGUUUUGAGUUCUAACGUACUACCGUGUGAAGUUAGAAAGCUUUAUUAUUUGUUUAUCUCUUUUCAGUAUCAAGUUAUCACCAACAAGUUCGAAUCAAAAUGGUAGAAAAUUGAAUUUUAUUUUUUAUUUCCUUAAAUCCUUUCAAGCAAACACGGCUAAAGACUAGAAAGUAUGGCUGCAAAAGGUGCGCAUAUCACACAAAAUGUUGUCACAAAGCCGUCUAUUUUCGAAGCAGUUGCUGCCGACUCACUGGAUGCAACUUUCUACCCGGCACUUAAACGCGUCGUAACUUUCUUAGCGACUAUCAAACCCAAUGCCUUUGGUUAUCUUUUGAAGUACUACGAUGAAACUUUCCUACUCUUCAACACCGUCGUCCAGGGAUAUUACCUACGCCAUAGAGGAGGAUCCCUGUCGGAAGUGUUCUACGGUUUGACCCGUGUCACUGGCGCCGGAUUGGAACCAGAACGUAUCAAAAAACGAUUAUCUUUGUUUUUUCUUGUGGCUGGGCCAUAUCUGUACCACAAGGUCAACCAAAGGCUACAACAGUGGAAAGAUGAAUACGAGAACGGACGCCCUGUUUCACCAGAAAAAAUACGUAUGGCUGAGUAUUUCCCUAUAGUUAAAGCAUGCUACGAAAGCGUGCGUCUGGUGAUGUGUCUGAGGUACUUGGCCGGAUUAGGUUCCUCACAUUCCCCAAUUUUGAGAGGAUUGAAUCUAACUUUAACAUAUUUGACCGAAGAAGAUGAUUCGUGGUCGUUCCGCGAUUUCUUCGCAGGAAAAGUUCAACUCACGACCAUGAUGAGUGCAGUUUUGUUAAGAGGACUAGAAUUGUCAGCAUUUUUCCUCCAGUUUAUCGAAUGGUGGCAAAAUGAAACUACCAUGGGUGAUCUUUCUAAGUUACCAGUACCAGAAGCUCCCGAUUUAGACGUAAACUGCAAUCGCUAUCUAAAUAAAUGCGCGCUCUGCUUGCAGGAAUUACAAAUCCCUACAGCUGUAUCAACUUCCGGCUACGUUUUCUGCUAUUGCUGUAUAACUGCACACCUUCAGAAAGAAAGCAGGUGUCCUGUUACCAGGUAUCCAGCGACCGUUAGCGAUCUGAUCAGAAUAUACGACGGGGAUGAAUGAAAAUGAUUCCGAGUUUACAAGCUUUUAGAAGGGGCAUAGGAAAAUAAUUGACUUAUAAAAUUGGUUUAGUAAAAA